AUGUCAGAAAUGAUACCACAGCGAAUAGUCAUAUAUCUUCUACGGCGCGACUUGCGUCUCGCCGAUAACCCCGUCUUCCACGAACUCCACAAGCUGUCUCAGCAGUCUCAGAAAUAUUUUACGCAUGUCUUGCCGCUGUACGUUUUCUCCGCGCAGCAAGUUGAGGUGUCUGGGUUUCUUUCCAGCCCAGAGUCUAAAUCACCUUACCCCGAAGCACGUUCUGAGGUGGGAAAGUUCUGGAGGUGUGGGCCGCACCGCGCGAAAUUUCUGGCAGAAUCGGUAUGGCAGCUCAAGUCAGAACUCGAGAAGUUGGGGAGUGGACUACACAUCCGAGUAGGAAUGCUGGGACAGGUCGUACGAGAUUUACUUGAGCAGAUCAAGCACGCACAAAUGGAGACAACCAUCUCGGCAAUCUGGAUGACCGAAGAAGAGGGAGUGGAAGAAAGGAGGGAGGCAAGAGAUGUUCGUAAGGUGGCCCAAGAGGCCGGUAUCGAUUUCAAUCUGUGGUUGGACGAGAAAUACUUCAUUGACGAUCGAGAUCUCCCCUUCGACAAGCCGGCAGAUCUACCAGACGUCUUUACGAGCUAUCGGAAAUUGGUGGAGCCGUUGCGGGAUGCACCACGAAAGCCUCUUCCUCGCCCAUCAACGUUAUUGCCCAUACCCUCAGACAUACCCACACAGCCUUCUCCUUUCAUGAUACCCGACACCUUUGAGGAAUUUGAGUCUGCGUUGAUAAAACCUCUACAAGACGACCCUCCUUUGGGCAAACCGCCUUCGUUUCCGGCCAACGUCAGCUCAGCACAUCCAUUCCGUGGUGGUUGUACAGAAGCUCUGAAGCGCGUUCGAUCUCUUAUCGGCUCGGGCGCAAUGACCACGUACAAGGACACCAGAAAUGGACUAUUGGGGACGGAAUUUUCAACCAAGCUAUCCGCGUGGCUGGCGCUAGGUUGUAUCACGGCUCGUCAGGUGCACGCUCAACUGCUGGAUUUUGAGGACGGGCGAGGCGAUCAGUACAAAGGGACCGAGGGAUAUGGCAAGGGGGAAAACAAGGGCACCGCGGCGGUGCGAUUCGAGCUACUCUGGCGUGACUAUAUGAGACUUUGUACACGAAAGUUCGGCGCGGGACUGUUUCGGCUGGAAGGCUUUCGCAACGACACCUCGUAUCCCUGGAAAACACCGGGGACCAAGAGUUGGGGCCCACAAGUCCAGGAGGUGGUUGAUCGAUUUCUUCACGGCACAACGGGAACGAGUUUGAUAGACGCGAGUCAGCGCGAGCUCUUCCUCACCGGAUACACGAGCAACCGGGCACGACAAAACGUGGCGAGCUUCCUCGCCAAACAUCUGGGUAUCAAUUGGAAACUAGGCGCCGAGUGGUACGAGUGUAUGCUGACGGACUACGACGUCAGCUCGAAUUGGGGCAAUUGGCAAUACGUCGCUGGUGUGGGCAACGACCCACGAGGUGAGGCACGGGUGUUUAAUCCGAUCAAACAAGCUUGCGAUUACGAUCCACGGGGGGAAUACUGUAAAGCCUGGGUGCAGGAACUCAGGGUGCUUGAAGAACCUCAAGAGCUGUUUCAGCCGUGGAAGGUCAGCACUGAAACGAGACAGGAGUUGGGUCUGAAUGGCCUGGACAUGGUUGAACGACCGUUGAAGAAAAUUGACUUCAAGCUUGGUGGACGAGGAGGCGGCAGAGGGCCAAAAGGAGGGAGUGGACGAUACGGAGGGAGUAGUCGACCCAAAGCCAACGGCGAUGGUGAGCGCGGGAAGGGACCUGGUGGUGGCAGUUUUGGUUCGAGAUCAGGGCUUCGAGGGGGUCGCGGACGAGGCCAUGAUUCUGCACGAGGCAAUGGACAGUAUGGUCGACAAGGGAUCAUGGAUAAAGCAGUGACUUUGGACGAAGACUAG